AUGACAGCAUUGGCUCUCCAUCAAACAGUACGGCAGCUAUCUUCACCACCAGCACAGCGUGCGUCGCUGUCUAUGAUGGCAGACAAAUGCAAAUCAAUGGAUCAGCUAAAGCAAAUCCACGCCCAAAUGAUCGUCACCUCCUGCAUUCACGACACCUUUGCUGCUAGCCGCUUACUCAACUUUUGUGCUCUCUCUGCAUCUGGGGACCUUAAAUAUGCUCUGAAGCUCCUAAAACAUACUCCUAUGCCUAAUUUGUUCAUGUGGAACACUGUAAUUAGAGCACAAGCAAGUAGUUCGAGUCCUUUUGAAGGCUUACUUCUUUAUGCUGACAUGCGAAGGCGUGGCGUUGUACCUGGAAAACACACCUUUCCUUUUGUACUGAAAGUUUGUUCGAAUAUGAAGUCUAUUAGAUGUUGCAAACAGGUGCAUGCUCAUGUUUCAAAAUUUGGGUUGGACUCGGACUUGCAUGUUGUGAAUGGUUUAGUAAGAGGGUAUUCUAUAUCGGGUGGGAUUGGUGAUGCGCGAAGGGUGUUUGAUGAAUUAGAUGACAGGAAUUUGAGUAUUUGGACGACGAUGAUAUGUGGGUAUGCGCAGAAUGAUUUUGCGGAGGAAGCAAUCAGGUUGUUUCAUAGAAUGAUUGCAGAUGGGUUUGAACCUAAUGGAGUCAUUUUGUGUUCUGUCUUGUCAGCAUGUGCGCAGUCAGCGUGCUUGGAUUUGGGAGAGCAAAUUCAUGAGUAUGUUGAGCAGAAAGGAAUGGAGUUAGAUGUGAUUCUUGGGACCGCAUUGGUGAACAUGUAUGCUAAGAACGGAUCAUUGGCUAAAGCAAAACAGUGCUUUUAUAGAUUGAAAGAAAAAAAUAUUGCAACUUGGAAUGCAAUGAUUUGUGGACUGGCUGUUCAUGGACAUGUGGAAGAAGCAAUCUGUUUUUUUAGAAUGCUGGAGAAAGAAAAAGUAAUGCUAAAUGAUAUUACCCUUCUAGGUGUUCUAUCAGCAUGUUGCCAUGCUGGACUGUUGGAUUACGGUCGCACAAUUUUUUAUUCCAUGAAAAGGAUUUAUGGUAUUGAACCUAAACUAAAGCAUUAUGGUUGCAUGGUAGACCUGCUGGGACGAGGGGGCCAGGUUGUAGAAGCUGAAGAACUUGUAAAAGGAAUGGUUUGGAAAGCUGAUGUUGUGAUUUGGGGAGCAGUGUUGAGUGCUUGUAAGGAGUAUGGGAAUAUUGAGGUUGCUGAGCGAGUGGUGAAUGAAAUUCUUGAUUUGGAUCCUCAAAAUCAUGCGGUUUAUGUUAUUUUGUCCAACAUGUACGCGGAGGCUGGAAGAUGGGAGGAUGUGAUGAAGUGGAGAAAGGGAAUGAAAGAACGAAGUUUGAAGAAAACAACAGGAUCGAGCCUCGUGGAUGGUGAUACGUAAUAUUCUUUGAUGUCGUAGGGUUUUUGAUAUAUGGGGAUUUUAAGAUGAAGGUAGAAAUUUCGCAGAUAAGAUUGGAAACUUCAGUGCAACACUGUAAAUUAAUAGUUGACAUGCCCUACUGUCUUAAAAUGUAUCUCUCGUUCAGAAAGAUUUAUGAGUAGAGAAAUGAUAGGUGAGAUUUCGGCAUAGGCUGAUGCAAUCCUACUCGCUGGCUAUAAAUAAAGCUGGGUUGCAUGUGGAUGUUGCGAGCAUUGCGUAGGUUGGCUAGCUUUUGCCAUUGUUCUCAGCCCGCUGUUUGAUUGUGGAUUGUUCAGGGGAACAAGAAAGAACUCAUGUUUUAGGAGUUCCAUAAAUGUCAAAGAGAAACCAUACACCUUCAUAAUAGCAAAGUGGCUGGAAACUGUGUUUUGUUCCAAUUACUGUGUAGCAAUGAUUAAAGAGUGUUUAGUCAA